GCCACUCUGGUGUUUUAAAACUUGUUCACCAAGUUCUGCCAAGUUAAUUUUUAGCUGGUACUAGUACUCAAGCCUUAUAUUUGGUUGCAAAUAGAGAGGUUUUAGAGUCAUAUUACUACUACUACAGGGCUUACCGUUCUUCUGGACUACUUAAUUGUUACGUUCAGUUGUGCUUGUGCCAAUACUUUCUUCUGAUUGGUUAUUAAUAGCAAGGAGGCUGUCAAGAGAAAUCGUGUCAGUUACCUAAAAAAGGAAAACCUUUUUUGUGCAAGGUACACGCCCAAAAUGGUUCUCUCAAUCAAAAGAGGAUCAUCUGUGAACACAGAUUACGAUAAGGAGAACAAUCCCAUCUCGUCACUUUCAUGUCCUUCCCGCAAAAAGCACUGCCCCUUGUCCUCUAAUAAAGGCAGUUUGCUCUACAUCCGUAGUUGCCAAAACUCGUCGAGUGAGGACGAGUCUUCUGAAGAUGAAGCUUCGAGAAAGCCAACAACUCUCAGAGAUAGAAACAGGUUAAGAAAUAAAAGAAGAAGUCACAGAGAGCUUUUAAGAAACUCUUUGUCAUCAGCAAUGAUGGAUUCGAAGUUAUCAAAAGCUGUCAGCCAAUACAGUGACGACGAGCGAGAAGAGAAACGGGAUCGCAAGGAGGAUUCAUCUGACAAUGCAGCCGGUCACAACUCCUUCAGUAGAAGGGGAUCGGCCGUGUCUUCUCCUCUCAAUGUGACGCAGGCUCCAUCUCUGGACAUGAGCCCAAAGUCAAGACGUUGUCUCCCAGACUCCGAUUUUGCAGCAAGAAGUCGUUGUUUUGAAUACCUUGUGGGGGCCAUUGAUGAAGCCUGGGCAAGAUAUUGUGAUGCCACGGCAGUCGAUGAGGAUGAAGUGUAUGGAUUUGACGGGGGAAAUGGAAUUCCGCAAACUCCUACCUCUAUUGCAAUUACUUCUGACGAAGAAGAGGGUUAUAAAUCAGAAAUAUCCACAAACACAAACAUCACGGAAUAUGAAAGUGAUUACCCUGCAGAUGUCCCGAAAUCAACAACUCGUCGUGUAUCUGAAGUUCCUGAAAAUGUGCGUUUGCAGCAACUGAAGGAUAGACUCAUCAAGACAAAAUAUUAUCUGCAGGAUUUCGUGGACUCAGACGAUAUUAAUGAGUGUCUACUUUUUUGGAAAAAGUGGGACUUAAUCAAAUAUGCUACCAUUGAAUUAGUUGAAGAUGACGAUGACGAUGAGGUCAUUGAGUCCACUAUCGAUGAACUUGAGAGUGGAAGGUAUGUCUCUUCCAUUGGUGCAUAAGAAAAUAUCAUUGAGAAACAGAACAGGGAUGUGAUGUUUCACACAUUGUACACUAUGGGCUUGAUUAUAUUUAUUAUUUGCGGUUGGGUGAGGUGUUAUUACAAGUUGAUCUUUAAAUUUUCAAACAAUGUCCCAAUAAUUGUUUGAAAUUAUUUCAAUUCUUAAAUUUGACAGAUGAUCGAAUGUCAUUAAGUCAGUCUGUUCAUAUAUAGCUGAAAAAAUCUGUACAUUAGGUUCAAAAUACAGACUUCUCUACCA